UCCAAAAGGCAGGAAGAGAGAGAAAGACAAUAAAGUCAGAGAUGGAUCCAGAGAUUGAAAGACUAAGACGCAUUCAUGCGCACAAACUGUGCUUUGUCCUCAGGUCUACACGUGCUUUGUCCUCAGGUCUACACGUGAAGCCACGUAUGCCUUAAACAGGGAAGAGAGGCUUUUCAAAGGUACAAUUGGAGAACUUCUCAUACAGUAAUGGUUGAAUUGGGACACAGGUAGGGAAGGAUCUGGAAAGGAGGCACAGAAAGCUCCGUCUGUUCUGUAGUUCUCUCUCACAUUCUCAACUCCCACUAAAAAGUCUCAUUCUUAGGUUCUGUGAAUCCUGCUUGUCUCAGGCAGAAUUAUGCUCCACAACUCCCAAAUUGCCUCAUUUCAUACUAGUCCCUAUUCAGUAGGCUUCUCAAUUUUGCUGUUUAUCAUAAUAAGAAAAACCCUGUUGAUCUUAAUCAGCCGGGAGACCUAUCUGUCUGACAAAUGGCAUAUGUAUGAAGAUAAGCAUUGGUGUCAUGAGUCAACUUAUUUCCACUACUAUCCAGAGCACACCGUGAGAGAAAGCCCACUAAACCUCAAUAUAACACUCUUCUUCGCUCCUGGAUAGCCCAGUUAAUGAAAAAAUGGACGCGGAAAAUAGCAGCAGAGCACAGCUCGCUCUCCCAAAUCCACAGUGGUCCCCCAGUGUACCUGAACCUGGACUCUCAGAAAUCUCUCUCCGUGAUAGCACUCUACAAAAGAAGUUUCCACCACAACAUACAUGGCUGACAUUUCUGAAAAAAGAGCUGGAAUUCCUAGGGGUAACACAAAUUCUGACUGGUUUGAUAUGUUUUUGCUUUGGAACAAUUGUCUGCUCUGUAUUCAAUGUUUCAGACUUUGAGGAAGAUAUUUUUUCAUCAUUUACAGUGGGAUAUCCAUUUUGGGGAGCAGUAUUUUUUGCUAUUUCUGGAUUUUUGUCAGUUAUAUCUGAAAGGAAAAAUGCAGACUAUCUGGUGAGAGGAUGCCUGGGGGCAAACACUGGCAGCAGUAUAGCUGGGGGAACAGGCAUUGUCUUCCUGAUCAUCAACCUAAAGAACAGCAUGUCUUAUGUCGACUACAGUUGCAACGAUGUUUUUGACUCUGACAACUGCUUUGUGGCUUCUUUUUCCACUGAAAUUGUGAUCAUGAUACUGCUUCUCACCAUUCUGGGGUUCUGCAGUGCAGUGUCACUCAUGGUAUAUGGAGUAGGAGAAGAACUCAGAAGAAGUAAGGUUCCAGAAGAUCGUCUUUAUGAAGAAUUAAACAUAUAUUCACCUAUUUACAGUGUGUUGGAAGAGAGAGUGGAAGAGUCUCCUGCCACUGAUUCAUAAGAAUCACGUGUACAUAACAUUCAGAUUCACAGCCAAGGGUCCUAAAAGCCCAGUAUUCUUUGUUUAAGGGGUUACUGGAAGCAUUUCUAUUCUCUCCACAAUUUCCUGCCAAUCUUACAUUAGGUUUAUUCCCCAGAUGACAAUAUUUUGUUUUUGUUGCUUCUGUUCACUUAAAUAUGCUCCCCCCAUUUGUAGAUAUGAUUGAUUCCUAUUUUUUUAUUCUGAAAUAAUUCUGAAAUUCCUAUUUUUCUUGUUUUAUAUUAUGAUCUCACACUCAUCCUUUCUGGGAAGUCAACAUGUGAUAAGUAAGAUUUUACUGUGUCUACAACUGUGCAUUUAGGGAAAACAAGAAGAAGCCUGGUUGAGAGUUGAGUUAAACUUUGAUAGUUUAAUAAUAUUUGGUUCUUAGUUCUUUUUAGAGUUUACAGUAUAGCUACAGUUGGGCAUGAUAUGCGCCUGCCCACCCAUACCCACCCGCAUGCACACA